AUGGCCGGAAAUCAUUAUUCAUUUUCAAUUGCAACAUUUAUGGGCAUUUCAACAGCUUAUUUUAUACCGACAUAUACCGAUUCAUACAUAAACAUUACAACGAUUACAAGGGAAUCUUUUAAACGAGUCAAUAGCACCAAUAGGAUUUCAAGGUUUGAUCACGGAUCGAUGAUUUAUGCAUACAAUAAUUCAAUCAAUGAUUCCUUUACUGUGCAUAUAACAAGUUCAUCACCAAUUGUAAUUCUAUUAGCAAUACGAACACAAUUGACGGAUAUUUCAAGUGAAAGCUUUGCAUGCACAAUGCUUAUGCCAUUGCCCGACAAUGUUUACUCUCGAAUAGCACUUCGAGAUGAUUUCGAUGUUCAUUUCACGCCUCUGCAAUCUUUCGAGAAUUGUCAAACUCACCUCUUCCUGUCACCACCAAUGCAAAGUUGUCAAACGUUUACUGUCGCCACAUUUCGACCUAAUAGCACAAAGCUAAUUAAUGUUGAACCUUGCAAUGUCUUCGAUAAUAUCGUAAUGCAAUGGAAUUAUCACUUUAAGGACGCAAUCAUUGGUUAUGCAUCAAAGUUCACUUUUUAUCUUUAUUAUUUAAAAAUUAAUUUUUAA